AUGCUAAAUAAAGCAUUAACUUAUUGUCUUUAGGAUGAUGAUCCAAUCAGAAUUUCUGAAUUAAUUGGAGUUCGAGAAUAUCAAAAAUAACCAAAACUAAUUCAGAGCACCUUUGUGACCUCUUCGGAUUUGAAAUAGAUGAUACAUAACCAAAAGAGAGAGAACAGUAUUCAAUCAUAUCGAAAAAUUUAACAUUUUGAUGCUGACUUAAAACCAAUCAAUAGAACAUUCGAUUUUAGAUUGCCAUUGAACCAAAAUCCUUGCCGAAAAUAUGUGAAUGUGAAAUAUGUUCCAGAACCUACGAAACUUAAUCAACCAAAACUUUACUUUGGAAUCAAGCAUUAAUAAUUUAAAAUAAAAAUCAAAAUGCAAGGUAAACGAUUGGAGGACAUGUUCUGA